AUGUCCUCUCAGGUCCACGUCGUCAUCGUCGGGGCAUCUUUCGCCGGUAUUCCGAUCGCUCAUUCCCUUCUGAAAGAUAUUCCAACUGUCAAAGUCACCCUGAUCAAUCCAUCACCAACCUUUUACUUUGCCAUUGCUGCCCCCCGACUUCUGGCGAAGCGAAAUGCCUUCAAACCUGAACAGUACCUUCUUCCAAUCGAAAGAGAGUUCAGCCGGUACCGACCGAAAUCAUUUGAAUUUGUCCAAGGCCGCGCCUCAGCAAUCGACGUCUCGGCAAAAACAAUCACCCUUGAUACCACCAGGAACAUCCACUUUGAUUACCUCGUGAUUGCAUCCGGCAGCACAACUGCCUCAACCAGUCAGACACAUGCCAUCUCUAUCCCAUUCAAGCAGUCCAACUCCGAUGACAUGAAUAGCGUGAUUCAAAAUGCACAAGACUCCAUCAGUAGGGCCGAAAGCAUUGUCAUUGCCGGUGCCGGACCCAUUGGGGUUGAACUUGCGGGAGAAAUAGCAGAGGCCGCUCAACAGAGUGGUAGGAAAGUGAACAUCACUCUUGUAUCAGCCUCUUAUCGCAUCCUGCCGAUGCUGAAGCCUGCAGGCAGCGCUACGGCCGAAAAGCUUCUUACCGAGUUGGGAGUUGAAAUCGUGAAAAAUCAAAAAGUCUCCAGAGCCGUGCAAAGCGGGGAGUCCCACUCGUGGGCAGUGACGCUUGACGAGGGACGAAAAUUGGAUGUCGACUUAUACAUCCCCACAACCGGUGUCUUGCCGAACAACGAUUUCAUCCCUGCGAACCUCUUGGACGAGAAUGGCUGGGUGAUGGUCGACAAAGGGCUUCGAGUCAAGUCACCGAGCGGGUCAGCAGAUCGAUUGCCAAUUUUUGCAGCGGGCGAUAUCACCAACAACUCCAUGCGGUUAUCCUUCAAAGCACAGGAGCAGGCAGCGGUUGUUGCUGCUAACCUGAAGGCGGAAAUUGUUGGCCAAGGGAAGAGUAAAGUAUACUCCCAAGGUGAUAAGGUUAUGAUGGUGGUGCCAGUUGGUUCAACGGGCGGUACCGGGUUGAUUAUGGGUUGGACGCCUUGGAGUGCAAUGGUUAAGAUGGUUAAGGGAAAGGACUUCCUAAUUUCCAAGGCCAAUCCGGCAAUUUCUGCGAAGUGA